AUGAAGGAAUUUCGCUUCUUCAACGCAGUCUACGACGAGAAAGCAUGCCGCAUCUCUACGCGGAUGGUACAGUCUCAACUGUCACAGAGCCCGGGCUUCAUCUUUGUCAACGUCAGCAACACGAGAGAUGAGAAGAAACGCAAGCAUAUGCAGAAAGUUGUCCGCUCCGCAGCUACCGCUUACAGCCAUCGAGUGCAACCAAGAGGCGCCUCGAAGUCAGAGGUCACUCUCAAACUGCUUCGAACUGAUUCUCGCAACGUAGUACCGGAACAGCUCAUAUCUAAGAGAUCCGACGACACUCACAAUGGCCGCUCCAGCAAUGCUGUCAAGCAGAAAACAACCGCAAAUGUGGCCAAUAUCUCUCGCAAGCGCGAUGUAUUGAUACCCAAGCACCGCCGCUCAGAUAUCCGUCUUGCACAAAAGGAGAGAUCGUUGUCACCUGGGCCCGUGAACCUUUGGGUUCCAGACCCGUCGUUUCUAGAUGCGAGCAUGAAAGAUCCAUUCAACUCAUAUCCCGUGCACUAUCGAAGGUGGUACGGCCAGUUGAUUAACUUCUGGUAUCAUGUCACCUUCGCCCGCAGCAUACGCGUACUGAAAGCCACCAAGGAAGAAAUCCACGCAUACUCCAUCUGGUCUCGUCGCCAGGAACUGCAGGAACCUGCGCUAUUCUACACCGCGCUAUACCUAGCCAGCGGCAUUCCCGUCGCGGAGGGCCUCUUCCCCGUCCAAGCAGCCCUGUGGCUGCGCCUGAAGACCGUCGAAGCCAUGAAAGAAGCCCUCGACGACCCACGACGCGCAACAAGCACACCCGUCAUCCUCGCAGUAGGUCGAAUCGCCCUUCACGAGCACAUCUACGGCAGCCGAGAGCUGGCCCAUAACGUCCACAGACCCGCGCAACGGAGAAUGAUUAACAUGCGCGGCGGCCUGGCGAAGAUGGGUCUCCCAGCUACGACGAUUCAGCUUAUCGUGUGGACGGAUUCGUUGCUGAGUGCUGAGGCAGGUACUGAGCCUUAUUUCGCGGACGUGCCUAGGCAGAUUGCUAUCAAGUCGUACUCGCCGCAGGAGGCGAUGCGGGUCACGAAUCAUUGCUCUCCACAACGGAAUCAUCAUCCUGGUUAUGAUGGUCCGAUUGUUGCGGAGAUUCCGGAGGAUGAGUGA